CGCUUCCUCGCCUUCGCCGCUCCCCUGCUCGCCCGUCCAUCAGUGCGGUUUAUGUCCAUGUCAACAAAGAGCGCCCCGCCACUCAUCUCGACUCAUGACCUGGCAGCCCGCCUGGGCGUCACGCAGGGCAGCAGCACUGUGCCGGCUUCUCUCCCCGCCAAUCUGAAGCUGUUCGACUGCAGCUGGCUGAAGCUGCCGGUGUUUGGCGGCCGCGACGCUUACAAAGAGUUCGUUGCGCAGAGUAAGUGGGCACACAGACAGGCAGAUCUGCACAGGGGAGCAUCAUAGAUGGCUGGAUGGAUGGAUGGAUGUCUGUGUGCGUUGCAUGGCAUCAGGGAUCCCCGGCGCGAUGUUUGUGGACAUUGACGAGGUGGCCGACCAGUCAUCGCCUUACCCCCAUAUGCUGCCCUCCCCCAUGGAGUUCUCUGAGCACACGAGCCGACUUGGGGUGCAGAGCGGCGACUAUGUGGUGUGCUACGACUCGAUCGGCAUCUUCUCGGCGCCCCGCUUGUGGUGGAUGUUCCACUUCUUUGGCCUGCCGAAUGUCAGCGUCCUCGAUGGAGGUGCUGUGCGAUGGAAGACAGACAGGAGAUGCACGUCAUCAUGCCCUCUCUUUGUGUGUGUGUCUUUGGGUGGUGUGUGUCAGGUCUGAAGAAGUGGCUGAGUGACGGCUACCCCACGGACGACAGCCCUCCUGCCCCGUUGCCCUCCCCCGCCCCGCCCCUGCCCAUCAGCACACAGGCGCACAUGCUGCGCAGCUAUGAGGACAUCAACGCCAACAUCGAUAAUUACAACAAGGGCAUGACAUCAGGGGUUGAGCAGAUGCUUGACGCACGCCCACUCAACCGCUUCGAGGGCAAGGAGCCUGAGCCAAGACCGAACCUGCCAUCGGGUCUGCAGUGAAGACACUCGCACUUCGUUCCCCUCCAUGCUUUGAUGGAUGGAUGUGGUGUCUGUGUGUGUAACCAAGGUCACAUGCCGCACUCCAAGUCACUGUUUUUCGGCGAUUUGGUGACCCCCGAGGGGCCAUACAAGGACAAGCAGGCCCUCAUGGACGCUUUCAAUAUCACAAACGUCGACCUCGACAAACCUAUCGUACGCCAAUCAACCGCCAAGACGGCGCGCAAAGCACCGCGCUGUGUGUGUGUGUGUGUGUGUGUGUGCAGGUGUGUUCGUGCGGUUCGGGUGUGAGCGCCGCCAUCAUAGCUCUCGCGUUGGAGCUGGUGGGCAAGCGUGAGGGGGUGGCUGUUUACGACGGCUCGUGGACAGAGUGGAAAAUGAGACAGAUGGACGAGGAGAAGGCGGCGACCAAGUGACGAAUGAAUGCUGUGACAGAGUAGACUCUUUUUCAGUGCCCGUCCUGAUGUCGCGGAUGGCUAUUUUUCUUUUUGCGUACCUGCGGCUCGAUUUGUUUUGUUGUUUGCAUUGUGUAUCCCUCGCGA